AUGACAGAGCCUACUCUCUAUUCGGAUAAAUUUAUAACCGUGACAUCGAAAAAUUUAAUCAUUAAAAAUUAUUAUUUCCCAUUUGCUUGCUCGUUAACUAUUCCACUAACUGAAAUCGAUUCAAUUGAUAAUGCAAAAGAUUUAAACCUUGGGAUGUUCUCGAUGAAAGGAAAUUGGUGUUGUAAUAUUAUACCUCUUUUGUGGAAGCAACCAUUUCAUUUUUGGAAAGAUACCAAUGAACCAUCUCCAAAGCUUACCGAGGUAAACUUUAAAUUUCCUAUCCAAUAUAUCUUUUAUUACCAAAACCAUCGAAGUCUCCUAUAUUUCAUGAUCCAUUAUUUGCAAAAUUUGGAUACAGAAAAAUUAUACCUAGCAAGUCGAAGAUGGCUAGAAAAUAUUGAGCACUUCUUGGAAGACUUGGAUUACAAAGAAUAUUCUCGCGCAUUGGCUCGUGAAUUGGGUGGGUAUUUUGUUUAUGGAGCAAUGUAA